UUGUGAGUGCUGUUUACUAUAUUUUAAUGUUUACUUUGUAGCUAUGUAGUUAUAUAUUGUCUUAUAAUUGUUUUUUUGGAGUUAAUUGCCUUCUUAGACAAUGGGACUGUGCUCAGUUCACUAUCUCACGUAAAGAAAAUGUUAGUAUGACUGAUUUGUAUAACCAUGGUACACCCGGCCAUUGAACGAUCAGCACGUUACAAUGGUAUACGGUCUGUUUUGCAACGAAGCAAUGCUGCGGGUUACCGACUAUCGCAGAUUCUCCGUUCGGUUUACAGUGCCAAGUCGUCUAAUUAUCUUGAAAUGUAUCAUAUACCGAAGCAUGUGCGUGAAGAACUUCAUGACCAUUUUGGCGGAUCAUUAUUGUCUUUAAAGCCUACUACAAGCACGAAGUCUGAUCGUGCUUGUAAGGUUCUGUUUGAAAACCGCGAUAAAAGCAAGGUUGAGGCUGUAUUGCUGAGUUUUCCAACACAUAAAUCUCUUUGCAUAUCAAGUCAAGUUGGUUGCGCCUAUGCAUGUGCCUUUUGCGCAACAGGCAGGAUUGGUCUGAAACGUAAUUUGUCUGUCGACGAAAUAACUGAUCAAGUUCUUUAUUUUCGACAAAAUGGUCACCAAAUAGACAGCAUAUCGUUUAUGGGUAUGGGCGAACCCUUAUCAAAUCCUAACGUAUUCCGUGCAAUUAACAUACUAAGUGAUAACGAUUUAUUUGCUAUGUCAUCGCGAAGGCUUAACAUAUCCACAGUCGGGAUACUACCUGGUUUGAAAAAAUUAAACCGCGACCAUCCUCAUGUAAACCUUGCUUUCUCAAUGCAUUCGCCUUUCACAGAUCAGCGCAACAAGCUAGUCCCGGUUAACCAGUUGUAUCCAUUUAGGGACGUAUUUGAAUUAUUGGACGAGCGCAUUCGUUUAACCGGAAAACGUAUUUGGAUAUCAUACAUUCUCAUCAAAGGUGAGAACGAUACACGUGAACAUGCGGAAGAGCUAGUUAAAGUAAUUAGUAAUCGACCCGACGAGAUUCGAUAUUUAUACCACGUAAACCUUAUACCUUAUAAUACGGUAAAAUCUAUAUGUAAAUUUGAACGAACAGAAGAUAACGUCAUUGACACUUUCAAGGCUAUACUCAAAAAGAGCAAGAUAUCCUUUUCAUUCAGAAAUCACUUUGGACAAAGCAUCGACGCCGCAUGUGGGCAGCUAUAUGCCGAUUACGAAGCAGUUGACGAGAGCACAUUGUUUGGUCGGGGUCGCAGCAUACGAAGAGGAUUGAAACACACUCCGUCUAAUUAAAAAUCACUUAGAACGAAACAAUCGCACGUU